UUGUGCUCUUGGUUAGAGGCCGUACCUUGAUCUCGUCCUCUCAGUUAUUUAAAAUGAUCCAGCCGGCUGGACCACAACUUUAUUUCAAAUGUCUAAUCUUCAAAUUUUAUUACAAUUUUAAUAUUUUUUUAUCUUCUCUGGUUUGAUGUCAUUAUAGAGUUUAUAAUUAAAAUCAAACAAUGGGCGUUGAGUCAACGAUAGCCAGUUAUCUGGGUGGUGCUACUGGAAGUCUCAGUUGGUUUUUUCCAGCUCUGGCAAUGGCUAUUUCGUAUUUUCAAUUGGAAGUCAUGGAUAAAGAGUCACAGCCAAUUGAUAUGCCAACCGAGCUGCUGCAUCCUGCGUAUGAUUUUAUUGUCGUUGGUGCUGGAUCCGCAGGUGCCGUGGUUGCUAGUCGUCUGUCAGAAAUCGAAAACUGGAACGUGUUACUCUUGGAGGCUGGUGGAGAUGAAACGGAAAUUUCAGAUGUACCUUUGCUUGCUGGUUAUCUUCAGCUGAGUAAACUUGAUUGGAAAUACAAAACAGAACCUCAGGGAGAUGCAUGUCUAGCGAUGGAACAAGGCCGCUGUAAUUGGCCACGUGGAAAAGUUCUAGGUGGCAGCAGUGUCUUGAACUACAUGCUGUAUCUUCGUGGUAAUCGAAAGGACUACGACAUUUGGGAACAACAAGGAAAUCCUGGUUGGAGUUCCAAAGACGUUUUGUAUUACUUUAAAAAAUCUGAAGACAAUCGAAAUCCGUAUUUGGCGAACACGAUUUACCAUUCGACGGGAGGUUAUUUGACGGUUCAAGAAGCGCCCUGGCGGACGCCACUGGCAACUGCUUUUGUCAAGGCUGGCCAGGAAAUGGGUUAUGAUAUUCGUGAUAUCAAUGGCGCGCGCCAAUCGGGUUUCAUGAUUGCGCAGGGGACUAUCAGAGAUGGGAGUCGUUGUUCGACAUCGAAAGCCUUUUUAAGACCUGCAAGAUUGAGGCAAAAUUUGCAUGUGGCUCUGAAUUCUCAUGUCACUAAAGUUCUGAUUGAUCCCACGACCAAACGCGCCUACGGAAUUGAAAUGAUGCGCGAGGGUAAAAUGUACAGAAUUCGUGCCAAAAACGAAGUCAUUUUAUCCGGAGGUUCUGUCAAUUCGCCUCAGUUAUUGAUGCUUUCGGGAGUUGGACCUCGGGAUCAUUUGGAACAAUUAGGAAUUCCGGUGAUUCAUGAUGCCGCCGUUGGGCAGAACCUUCAGGACCAUGUUGGACUGGGUGGUCUUACAUUUCUAGUUAAUCAAGAAGUUUCAAUGGUCGAAAACCGCCUGCACAGCGUCUCUUCAGUUAUGAGAUAUGCUCUUUUCGGUGACGGUCCUUUGACCGUUUUGGGAGGCGUCGAAGGACUUGCUUUCGUCAAUACCAAGUACGUUAACGCUACGGACGAUUUUCCGGACAUCGAAUUGCAUUUCAUAUCUGGAUCUACAAACUCUGAUGGCGGUAGACAAAUCAGAAAAGUCCACGGCAUUACACAGCGAUUUUAUGAUGCCGUUUUUGGGGAAAUUAGUAAUCGGGAUGUCUGGAGUGUCAUUCCAAUGUUGCUGAGGCCCAAAAGCAAAGGGCUUAUCAGACUUCGAAGCAAGAAUCCAUUCGAUCAUCCGCUGAUCUAUCCGAAUUACUUCAAAGAGCCAGAAGACAUAGCGACUUUAGUUGAGGGCGUGAAAAUUGGCGUUGCUUUAAGUAGAACAGCUGCGUUUAGAAAGUAUGGAAGUGAAUUGAAUCCAAAACCUUUUCCUGGCUGCCAGCAUAUUCCGCUCUACACAGAUCCUUAUUGGGAGUGCAUGAUAAGACACUACUCUGCUACUAUUUACCAUCCCGUAGGAACCUGCAAAAUGGGGCCCAGUUGGGACAAUGAAGCAGUCGUAGAUCCUCAAUUGAGAGUCUACGGUGUCACUGGAUUACGUGUUAUCGACGCUUCUAUUAUGCCAAAUCUCGUCAGCGGCAAUACCAACGCACCUGCGAUUAUGAUCGGGGAAAAAGGCGCGGAUAUGAUUAAAGAAUUUUGGCGCAAGAGGAAACCCGGUUUAUGAUUUUACCUCUCUUAUGGUGAUAUUUAAGAGACAUUAUGGGGACCUAGUGACCUCGAGAAGUCAAGACUGACUAAAAUUUUUUUUAAGUUUUAAUAGUUUCUGUUACUGUUAAAAAUUUUAUGACAUGACAUUUUUUUAAUAUUAUCAGAUUUUUAAGAUUUUCCAUAUUAAUCAUAAUAAGAAUUAUUAUAAAUAAAUAUAUUAAUUAAUCGAUUACAUGUUUAUCUUUUAAUUUAGAUAAAUGAAACGAUAAAACAAAGAUCGACAAGAUAAACCAU